AGCAUUUAUUCAAGAUUUAAUGAAUCUGUUGCAUCAUGGUGUCUCGCCGCAAGAUUCUUUCACGUUCUAGAGAUGAUCUGAAUUUGGAUCAGACUUUUAGUCCACAGGAAGAGGAAGAGGAUGUGUGGUAUCAAAAGGAAAAACUAUACAAGCAUCGGCUUAUGUGGUUUCGAUAAUCCAAUGCGCGAUCAGAAGACCGAUGAAUAUAAGCGGCAUAUAGGACAGGGUGUUAAAAUUAAAAUGGAUGAUGCUGGUAAUAUACUCGUUCGUCGCUAUGCCAAAAGUAAUGUCUACAUUAAGAGCACAGCGAGUAACCCCAACGAGGAGACAUCCAUUGGUGCAGACAUACUCAAAUUGCCAAAUCAAGCAUUGGAAAGUGAAAAAAUAGUCAAAUUAUUCGAUAUGAAAAAGUUUCAAUCAAAUGUAAAUCGUGAACUGCGACGCGCUUAUCCCGAUCGUCGACGCCUCGAAACACAAUGCUUAUCCGUAGUAGCCUUUGUCAAAUCGGAGAAUGAUAUACUAGAUUGUCCCAUCUGGGUGCUUAUAGUAAAUGUAGUCGCCAUGGAUAUGUUGAAGAGCAAAUUGCCACCAGUGCAACGUCCAGUUGUGGACAUUAAGAAUCGCCCAAGAAUUCCCAUACCCGAUGAAGAUCCUUACAGUGUGGCCGGCAAUGGUAGUGGCGGCAGUUCGGGCAGCUCUGGUUUCGGUGCUGGCAGCAGUUCGGGCCAUCAUCAGCAGCAGCAACAACAACAACAGUCAGCAGCUGGCAUGGGCAUUGGUUUGCAUAGAGAGAAUGGUGGCGUCGGCAUCAAUGGUGGAGCAGCUGUCGCCGGUCAUGUGGCAGCCACACGUGAACAGUUGUUGUUGCAGACACAACAAUUGGCACAUAAGCGGAGCGAAAAGCCGCCGAAAUUGCCGCCACGCGACAAUAUCUACGCACAUGACAUCAUACCGAAGCCUGAUUACGAUGAUAUCGAUGUGGAUACCAGAAUCAAAUUGUCUCGUGGCAAAUCAGACAAAGGCAAAGACAAUAAUAAGUAUGAUGAUCCCUACUACUGCGGCUUACGUGCACGCGUACCGAACUUCGUGAAAUCAUCAAAAUCCUCUAAGGAACAUAAAGAGCACGGCACAAACGGCAGCAUUGCCAAUGGCACUAUGAGCAACACUAACGGCAACUCCAAUGGCAGCAACAUGAACACGCUCAGCCAAAAGAAGAAUUCCAUGCUACACAUGUCGAUGACGGCGCCAAAUUUGCAACAUUCCAUGCACGUGGCACCACCGCCACCACCACACAUGCAUCCUCAUCACAUUCAGCAACAGCAGUUAAUGGCCGCCGCUGCGGCACAUGCGGUACAUCAUCAUCAUCCAGCGGCGGCUACGAUCGCACAUCAUCAGCAUCAUCUGCCACAGCAUCCGAUGUUUCAGACGCGCAGCUUUGAGAGCGGCAUAGAUGCCGAUUUAGUUGAAUCACCAUAUAAUCACAUCUAUGGUCGCUUGCCACUGCCAACGCGUGGCUAUGUGCCCACACCCCGCACCAUGUACAUUGGGGAAUGGGAUUGAAGAGGAAAUGGAAUGGUGGUGGAUGGGAAGGAGAUCGGAAAUAACGACACAUGCAAAUAUAUGUAUGCAUAAAUAUGUAACUGUAUACAUAUGUUAACGCUAUAUUCUUAUUGCAUAAGUGUUUAUAUACAUACAUAGAUACCUACAUAUAUAUUCGUAUUAGAUUAUGCUAUAUGUAUGCAAACAUUAUUAACUAAUUAUAAGCGAAAGAAAAUUUAGUGCUUAGUGUAAAGUAUUUAAAAACCAUAUGUAUGUAUGUUUUUAAAAUAUAUGUACAUUCAAACAUUUGCAUAGCUCUAAGAAAAAAAAAGUAUUUUAAAAAAUUGGCCUUGAAAACUUUAUAUGUAUUUUUGUAUGUGUAUUAGGGUGCAUCGGUAAUAUUUUUGAGCAAUCCUUUCAUGCUAGAACUAUUCAAUAAUCAUAAAUGUUUUUUUGGAAUAAAUAAUUUUAAAAACCAAUUUUAUUAAGAAACUCGAUUUUCGUGCGACUUUUCAAAUCAAUCCAGCUUACGUAAAUCUUAAUAUUUUUCCAAAAUAAUUUGACAGAAGUCUUGAAAUAUAAUACAUUUUAAAAUUUUUCGGAAAAUCCCGCGAUUUUUUUUUGUUGGGGCACCCUAACAUACAUAUCACUUUUAAAAAUACACACAGAAUAUUCUUUGACUUGAUCAUAAUUUUGAUAUUUACAAAUAUUUUAGAUACUUACGCACUUAAUUUACACGGUUCUACUCGUUGUACGCAUCUUCUUGUAAUUUUUUAUACAUUUUAACCAACAAUUUUCAACAAAAUUUGUAACAUAACAUUCAGGAAGAGUGCCGUGAAAAUUUGCAGCGAUAUGUGAAAAACUUUUUCUUUAAAGCUUUGCUGACAAGAUUUCAUAGUCGCAUUUUUUUCUCAGGCUGGUUUAAACCCUUUCGGAAAUUUAAUACUAUGCUCAAAUAGUCAACUAAAUCACCUAAAUUUAGGCACACACAAAUCAAGCUUUCGAUUUUGAUAAUGACGCCAAAUAGAAUUGGCUUAGCCAAUUAGCAGUUAUAAUGUUUUUAAUUUUGGCAUUAAAAUAUUUUUAUGCAUAAUUUAAAUUUUUGCUUCUAAAAGUUUAUUUAAGGUCUAAUUUGUAUUAAAAAUUUGCUAAAUUUUUUCUAUGCUGCGUUUGGAGCCAGAUUUUUUUCACUUCUUUUGAUGGAAAACAACCCUAAUGCCAGAUUUUCACUUGGCCACUUCCACUGAAUUAACGAAAAUGACAGAAAAAAACAAUUUCAAAAUUACAUUGGAAAACACAUUAUAUGAGUUUACUUAUUAAUUUGAUUUCAACUACAUAUGCUCCAUCGACAAGAAAGAGAACCAACACGAAAUAUGCUUCCGACUUACUUACUUUAUCUUGUAUGAGUUAAUACCCAAAUUUUCUAUUAAAAAUUUUGUAAUUUAGUGCCCAAUGGCAUUCAUGGCAACAUGUAUUCGGCUCAUUUGUUACAGCCUGCAAUUAAAAUUACUUUUCUGAAAUUUACUUAAAUGCGAAACAAGUCGAAUGCCAAAUUUCCACUAGGCACUGAAUAACAAAAAUUACAAAACAAAUUAUUCCAUUUCAAAAUGGCAUAUGAGGACAGACUUAAUGGCUUUUAUUUUUAGCGUACAAGUAUUUUACUAGUUGAUUUUUGAACUCUAGGGCGGCGGUAAGUAAAGCCUACAUAAAUGUCGUAUAUUCGUUCUAUUUUAUGUCUGCAGAUUGAAGGCGAAAUAUCGACAAAAAUAAAAUUGAAGGUAUAUAAGAAAAUUAGUUUUGUUUGUUUUAUUUACCCACGGCUCAGAAAUCAACUAAUAAUUUACAAUAAACGGCCAAAACACACCUUAUCAUAUCUAAUAGCAUUUUUAUCGCCAAAGUUUGUUAUUAAAAUUUGUGUCAUUUAAUGACCAGCGGUAGUCUGCCAUAAAAGGACGAAUCUGUCCCAAAGAAUAGUUUUUUUUUUUGUUUGAUAAAUUCAGUUUAAUUAACAGCAUUGAAUAAAACUUCUUAAUUGCUUAAUUUAGCUGUCUACCUGAGCAGCGUAUUAGGUUACAUACAUAUGUAUGAUAAAAUUGCGAUUUCAAAACCAGUUCUGUUCUGAAACUGAAUUUUCUUUUACGGGCAUUGAUGUAUAGCUAAUUAAAUCCCGACUCCCCUUGGUACUUCCAUGAAUUAUGUAAACAGAUAACUUAUUGAGAAAGGUGUCUUUUAAAUCCGUUGUUACCAAUGCAUUAAGGUUUACUCAUUGCUUUAGUUUUUUAAUUUCUCACCACUAUACCACUAAACAGAAAUUGAAAUUGAAAUUUGAAAUCAGCGUUAGUGUUUUGAAAGUCUUUUAUAGAAAAACUGACCAACUUGCGUUAAAAUGUGUUUGAUAGUUUCAUUUUUUUGUUUUAAGCUUAAAUGAAGAGUAAUCAACUUAAGUAUAUAAGCUAAUCGCCAUUGUUUAUAUUCAGUAGUCAAUAAGGUCUACUUAGGGUAAGUUUUUGUAAAUUAAUUUAAUUUUUCUUUUAAUUAUAGGUCCCAUAUACUAUGUAGCUUAUUUGGCAGCCAUAAGCCAAAUUUUUAAAAAUUUAUAUGUCUAAAUACAUACAUAAUUAUAUGAAAGAAUAUUAUUAUACAUAAAAUGUGUUCUAUGUGCAUUGGACCUUAUCACCUUACAAGCAA